AUGAAGGGUGCUAAGUUGUUGUCGUGUGCAAAUCGCUGCUUAAAAGGAAAUUCGCCUUCGCUAAACAGCGCACGAUGGUCGUCGUCGCGGCCGGCGCCGCGCCAGAGCGCCUCGUUCGUGUUAAACCUGUUCCGCGGCCAGUUCGAGCCGGCUCAGGUGUUUCCCUUUCCCGAGCCGCUGUCGGAGGACCAGCGUCAGAUGCUACAGGAGCUUGUGCCGCCCGUCGAGAAAUUCUUUCAAGAGGUUAACGACCCAGCGAAAAACGAUUCGGCAGCGAAAAUAGAAGAGGGCACGCUGGCGGGGCUGUGGGAGCUCGGCGCGUUUGGGCUGCAGGUGCCCUCCGACCACGGCGGGCUCGGCCUCAACAACACGCAGUACGCGCGUCUCGUGGAGGUGGUGGGCGCGCACGACCUGGGCGUGGGCAUCACGCUGGGCGCGCACCAGUCCAUCGGGUUUAAGGGUAUCCUUCUGUUUGGCACCCCCGAGCAGAAGAAAAAGUACCUGCCGCGCGUGACGGGCGGGGAGUACGCCGCCUUCUGCCUCACCGAGCCUUCGUCCGGCUCCGACGCCGGCUCUAUCAAGUCUCGUGCGGUGCUGUCGCCCGACGGCAAGCAUUUCAUCCUGAACGGCUCCAAGAUCUGGAUCAGUAACGGGGGCAUCGCCGAGAUCAUGACCGUGUUUGCGCAAACGCCGAUCCAGAAGGACGGAAAGACUGUCGAUAAGGUGACGGCGUUCAUCGUGGAGCGCUCGUUCGGUGGCGUGUCGUCCGGCCCGCCCGAGGACAAGAUGGGCAUCAAGUGUUCCAACACCACCGAGGUGUACUACGAGGACGUGAAGAUCCCCGUGGAGAACGUGCUGGGCGGGCUCGGGAACGGGUUCAAGGUGGCGAUGAACAUCCUCAACAACGGGCGCUUCGGCAUGGCGGCGGCGCUGGCCGGCACCCAGCGCUCGGCGCUGCGCCAGGCGGCCGAGCACGCCGCCACGCGCCUGCAGUUCGGCAAGCGCCUGGCCGAGUUCGACUCCGUGCGGGAGAAGCUGGCGCGCAUGGCCAUGCGCCAGUACACCACCGAGACGCUCGCCUACAUGGUCAGCGGCAACAUGGACUCGGGCGCGCAGGACUACCACCUCGAGGCCGCCAUCUCCAAGGUGUUCGCGUCCGACUCUGCGUGGGCGGUGGUCGACGAGGCGAUCCAGAUCCUCGGCGGCAUGGGCUUCAUGAAGGCGACGGGUCUCGAGCGCGUGCUGCGGGACCUCCGCAUCUUCCGGAUCUUCGAGGGCACCAACGACAUUCUGCGGCUGUUCGUCGCGCUCACCGGCAUCCAGUUCGCCGGGAGCCACCUGCAGGAGCUGCAGCGCGCCUUCAAGAACCCCACGGCGCACCUCGGGCUCAUCUUCAGCGAGGCCGGGCGCCGCGCCUCGGCCGCCGUCGGGCUCGCGCGCGGCCCCGACCUGGCGCCGCUGCUGGCGCCCGAGCUGCGGCCGCUCGGCUCCGAGCUGGCCAAGCUGUGCGCCGAGCACGGCCGCUCCGUGGAGGCGGCGCUGGUGCGGCACGGGCGCGACAUCGUGGACCAGCAGCUCGUGCUGCAGCACCUGGCGGCGGCGGCCGUGGACGCGUACACGGGCGCGGCCGUGCUGGCGCGCGCGUCGCGGGCCGCGCGCCGCGCGCUGCCCGGGGCCGCGCACGAGCUGCGCCUGGCCGAGGCGUGGGCCGAGGAGUGCGUGACGCGCAUGCCGGCGGCGCUGGCGGCCACGCGCGCGCCGCGCUCGCUGCGGCACCACGCGCGCCUGGCCGAGCUGGGCGCGGCCGUGGCGGCGGCGGGCGGCCAGCCCACCCCCAACCCCCUCAACCUGUAG